AUGUCGGACGAGUACAAGGACCCCGUCGUGCUGCGCCACGUGCCCUCGACGGCCAUCUUCCGCGACGACAUCUUCAAGGGCAAGGUGCUCUUCUGCACCGGCGGCGGCUCGGGCAUCUGCUUCGGCAUGGUGCGUGCCAUAAUGGCGCACGGCGCACACGCCGCCAUCGUGGGGCGCAACGCCGAGCGUCUGCAGAAGGCGGCCGCCGAGCUGCAGCAGAGCGGCGCGCACGGCGCACGCUGCAUCGCCACGCCGGCGGAUGUGCGCAAGGAGGAGGCGCUGCGAGAGGCAGUGCGCAAGACGGUCGAGACCUUUGGGCGCAUCGACUUUGUCAUCUGCGGCGCCGCCGGCAACUUCCUGGCGCCGCUCGAGGGCCUCUCCUCCAACGCCUUCAACACGGUGCAGCAGAUCGACCUCAUGGGCACCUACAACACCAUGAAGGCGACGCUGGAUGAGCUGAAGAAGACGCAUGGCGCCUACAUCCACAUCACCGCCACGCUGCACCACACUGGCAUUCCCUGGCAGGCGCCUGCGAGCGCCGCAAAGGCGGCCAUCGAGUCGUUGAGCCAGGGCAUUGCGGUCGAGAUGGGCCCACAUGGCGUGCGCAGCAACUGCAUUGCGCCGGGCAUCAUCAAGGGCACGGAAGGCGCGGAGCGGCUGACGCCAAAGGGCGCAGAGGACUACAUCAGCGCCUCGAUCCCCAUGGGCCGGCCGGGCGACGUCGACGACAUUGCCAAUGCCGGCGUGUAUCUCUUCUCUGAUGCCGCUUCAUACAUCACCGGCACGCGCCUCAUCGUCGACGGCGGCGCACUGCACGGCAAGAGUGCCUGGCUGCCCUACCCCGACUCGUCGCUCAACCAGAAGGAGGUGGCGUCCGUGGUGCUCGGCUCCAAGCUGUAG